UAUAUACUGCUAGAAGCUAGAAGUAUGUUAAUGUCAAUGUCAAAAACAAGUCGAAUUGGAAUUUGUCAAGCAAUGACUCUACCACUACCCAUAUCACCGUGUGCCAAAAGAGACGGCCUCGGUAGUUUAGGAUGUGAACGUUUUGAAUACGCAAGUAGCAUGGCUACUACAUUAUUGGCACCGGUAAAAACAGAACGAGAAAUCCUCGAACAUUCCAUGUCUGAAGAUGAUCCUAAUGCAAAUACGCAAUUAAUGAGUGACAGAGGUAAACAACCGAGAUGGGGCCCACGGCAUCGAGGUGCUCAAGAGCUCGCCGAGUUGUACAGUCCAGGAAAGAGACUUCAGGAAUGGGUGUGUGUGGUGUUUUGUUGCACAUUAACUGUUUGUGCAGGGCUGCUCAUGGCCCGGUAUGUCAGAGCAGAUGCGUCACUAUUCUUUGCAGCAAUAGCAGGAGUGUUGACCGCAGACUUUGCCUCUGGCAUAGUACAUUGGGCAGCUGACACUUGGGGAGCUGUAGAUUUACCUUUAAUUGGCAAGAACUUUAUAAGGCCAUUUCGUGAACACCAUAUCGAUCCUACUUCAAUAACACGUCACGAUUUCAUAGAAACAAACGGUGAUAACUUCGCUAUAACAGUACCGGUGUUGGCGAGGAUAGUAUGGCAGCUACUAACCUACGAUUCCGAUCUCAUUGCACAGCAAUUCCACUGGAUCGCCUAUUGGUACCUAUGCUGUAUAUUCGUCGCCAUGACUAAUCAGAUACACAAAUGGUCACAUACGUACUUUGGUCUCCCAGUGUGGGUGGUGUGGCUGCAAGAGUGGCACAUAGUGCUGCCUCGCCGUCACCACCGCAUACACCACGUGGCGCCGCACGAGACUUACUUCUGUAUCACCACGGGCUGGCUGAACUGGCCCCUGGAGAAGCUGCACUUCUGGUCGACAUUGGAGUUGGUCAUAGAGGCGCUCACCGGCUGCAAGCCCCGUGCAGACGACAUGAAGUGGGCUCAGAAGCGUUCCUAGGACCGGUUGUUCCUCUUGCAUUUUUCUACGUCGGCAAUUUGUCGGCAAUUCAUACAAUUGUUAUUGUUAAUACCGAGCCUUAAAUUUUGCUAAGAAAUAUUUUAAAAUUAA